AUGGUUAAAGUGUCUGGCGCUGGUAUUACAGUAACCGGCUUCAAAUGCAGAGGUCGCACUUACCUAUUUAUAUAUCAAAUGCAAGACGCACAGAGACACACAUUCAAAACAGCAGGACAUAGAACGUGUAACAGUGUAACACUCUUCUUAACAAUAAAUUCGCCUCGAUCUAACGAUUUUUGCAACAACAACAGCACAAACAACAGCACAAACAACAGCACAGACAACAACACAGACAUCAACACAAACAACAGCACAGACAACAACACAAACAACAGCACAAACAGCACCACAAACAACAACACAAACAACAACAGAAAUAAUAACACGAACAACAACACGAACAACAACACGAACAACAACACGAACAAAAACACAAACAACAACACAAAAUACAUCAAAUCUGUUACCUUACCCUAA